AUGGCUGCACCGACCAAGUUCAGCUUCUCCGUCAGGAGCAUCCUGGAUCUGCCCGAGCUGGAGACGGUGCCCGGCUACUCCUCCUGCUCCUCCAGCUCGCCCUACUCCUCCUGGAUGGACUGCGACCGGAGCCCCUGCAUAUCCUCGGAUGAAGGCAGCCUCGAGGCCUCCCCGGACUCCACCAAGCCGGACGACUCGUCCCUGGACUCGGAGCCCGACAAGAGCAAGAAGAGCAAGAAGCGGCGGGUCCUGUUCUCCAAGGGCCAGACCCUGGAGCUGGAGAGGCGCUUCCGCCAGCAGCGCUACCUGUCCGGCCCGGAGAGGGAGCAGCUGGCCCGGCUCCUCAGCCUGACCCCGACCCAGGUGAAGAUCUGGUUCCAGAACCACCGCUACAAGAUGAAGAGAGGCCGCGCGGAGCUCCUCCACGACGCGGAGAUGGCGCAGCAUCCCCCGGUGCUGCGCAGGCUCGUCGUCCCGAUCCUGGUGCGGGACGGGAAACCUUUCCACACCUGCUUACUGGACACGGAGAAACCCGGGUGUUUGCCCCAUUCCUUCCCCUUGGCCUACCCGGCUCUGCAGCACCCCUCCCCGCUCGCUCUUCCUCCCAGGUACCAGCACUUUCCCACCGCGGCGGCCUCCAGAUUCGCCUGGAGAGACUUUUGGAGCGACUCUGUUCACUUUAACUCUUUCAAAUGA